AUGGGCAUCAAUGCUUACUUCGCAUACCAAGUCGUGGGCUACCACGGCAGUGGCUCUGUGCCGUACAAUCUGGCUCUUACUGCUGUGUUUGUCGAGGGCUUCAUCUUUAUGUUCUUGUCCCUCGUCGGGAUGCGGCAGUGGCUAGUCAAGAUAAUCCCCGUGUCUCUGAAGAUUGCAAGCGCCUGUGGUAUUGGAUUCUUCCUCUCGGAGAUUGGACUAGGUCACUCUGCAGGUAUCGGUGCGAUAUCAGGUGCCAAAACUACGCCCCUUCAGAUUGCGGGAUGCUCGGAAGCCUACAGGGAUGAGAACGGUCGAGGAACAUCAUUCACCUACUUUCCCAACACCGAGCAGGGCGACGACCGCUGGAAGUUCUUUAAGAAGGUUGUGGACUUCCACCCCAUCACAACCCUCAAUGUCCUGGAUUGGAACAUUUCGAGUGCCCCAUCACAGUUCGUACUCGCACUCUUUACGUUUCUUUAUGUCGAUAUCAUCGAUUGCACGGCCACACUCUAUAGUAUGGCGCGUUUCUCCGGGGUCGUUGACCCGGACACUGGAGAUUUCCCCAGAUCUACGCUCGCCUAUUGCACGGAUGCGUUGUGCAUCUCCGUCGGUUCUCUCCUUGGCGUUUCUCCUGUCACAGCUUUCAUCGAGUCGGGAGCUGGCAUUGCCGAAGGUGGAAAGACAGGCUUGACAGCCAUGACCUGCGGUAUCUGCUUCUUCGUUUCUAUGUUCUUCGCUCCGAUCUUCGCAUCAAUUCCUCCAUGGGCCACUGGUUGCACUUUGAUCUUGGUCGGCUGUUUGAUGAUGCGCCAGAUCGUCAUGAUCAAUUGGCGAUACAUUGGCGAUGCUGUUCCAGCCUUCGUUACUGUCAUGUUCAUCCCGUUAGGCUACAGCGCUGCGUACGGCUUGAUUGCCGGGCUUCUGGUGUACACAGUCUUAAACGGAUUGAUCUACAUCACUAAGAUCAUUAGCCGUGGACACCUUGUUCCCGACGAUGAGGACCACCGCGAGUACUGGACAAUCAAACCCCACGGCAGACUUCCUUGGUUCCUCACAGCCAGUCAGGCCAUCGUUUCCCGUUUCGGGCACGGAAGUACCCAUGACCUCAAGCAGGACAGCGCGUCACUCAAAAGCGGGACCUCUCAGGAACGGUUCCGCAGCCGAUCGCAGGACACGAAUCGCGAGCUCGACACCGUUAUCGUGAUGCCCAGGGAUCCUCAGGACGAAAAGGUUUUCCGUAAGAUCUAG